AUGAAGCUGCCUCGAAGCUGCCCUCGCUCCACCACAGGAGCCAGGACGAAGGCUCGUGGCUCUAAAGUGUCCCCCUGCCUGCACCUUGCUGCUUCCUGGGGCUGUGGAUCAUGCACCUCGCUUCACCCUUCCUCCGCUGCCAGAGUGGGGCAGCAAGGGCGCGUGUCGGACUAGAAUAAACUGUAUUCCAAGCCGAGACACUCAUUGUGGAUCAGAGUCCAUGGGGAUAUGCAAAUCGCUGCGUGUUUAAGCACUCCUAUUGAACUCGAAAUGGAGGCUUCCAAAGAUUACUCAGCAAAACUGACAAUAAAGCAAGAAGAAAUAAUGGAUGACGCUGACAACAGCAGCCCGGCAGCUGAAGAAAUGGGUCAAACAGGAGAUGAAGGAGUCGCACCGGAAGAAUCGAUGGUUGGCAGCCCAAGCGACACACAGGACGGCCUGUCAGGGCCGAACGCACCAUCAGACACUGGAAAUCGACAAUCAAAUGGUGAAAGGCCAUUUCAGUGUAACCAGUGUGGUGUGUCGUUCACCCAAAAAGGAAACCUGCUGCGACACAUUAAGUUGCACACUGGUGAAAAACCCUUCAAAUGCCCCUUCUGCAGCUACGCUUGUCGGCGACGUGAUGCCCUUACUGGUCAUUUGCGCACUCAUUCUGUCGGCAAGCCAUACAAAUGCAACUACUGUGGACGGAGUUACAAGCAGAGGACGUCGCUAGAGGAACACAAAGAGCGUUGCCACAGUUACCUGCAGGGAAUCUGCUUGGAUCCUACCUCCAACACUGGAUCAUACGCAGGUGAGGUCAUAAAGGAGACCAGGGCCAUGGCAGAACCUGGCUCUUUGGCUACGUUUGAUAGGGCACCUGUCAUUGAAAGGCUACCCACCAAUGUAGGCAAGAGGAAGAGCACUACACCUCAGAAAUUUGUGGGAGACAAGAUGAUUCGCUACAGCUAUCCUGACUUAGGCUAUGGGAUGCACCCAAAGUAUGAAAACCGUCCUGAGCUGAUACCGGCACACAUGAUGGACCAGACCAUCAACAACGCCAUGGCAUAUUUGGGAUCAGACACCCUUCGACCUAUGCUCCACCAUCCUGGUCCUUCGUUAUCUAUUGGUGAGGUGGUGCCAAUGGUCAACCCCCUUUUUCAUCCUGUCCUGCCACUGAGCCAGCAAACAGACCGUCCAGGAAACUGUGACACACUCCAUCCUCAGCCACCCCAGCACCAUGAGUUCCCCAGCCAUCCCACCUUAAAUGGCCCCACUGCCUUAACUAAGCACAACAUCCCGCUCCUGUCCGGACAAGCAGCAUCGCCUAGUAACAGUGGAGUUGACUCUGCUGACUCAGCUCGUAGUAGCCCUCAGGACAGGCAUGGCUAUCAUGGCAGCAAUGCCCCUUCAGGCCUCAGAUCUCGAUCCAGUCCUGUCGUAGUCAGUUUGGGUGAGCGAGUUAUUGUCCCGUCACCCAUUAGUGGGACAGGCGCAGGGACAACGAAAGUCGCCCCCGAGAGGCCUGUGAACCAAGAAGGCGUGCGGGUGUUUGGACGAGAGGGCCAUGAGUUACGGGCCUUUCAAUGUGAGCAUUGUCGAGUGCUUUUCCUGGACCAUGUCAUGUACACCAUUCACAUGGGUUGUCAUGGAUAUAGAGAUGCGCUUGAGUGCAACAUUUGCGGUCAUCGAAGCAAAGAUCGCUACGAGUUCUCCUCACACAUAGUUCGAGGUGAGCACACUUUCCAUUAAGAGGAUGGAUCAUGAUAAAGAAGAGGCUUCAGAAAUGAAAGGAGAAAAAGUCUGCUGUUCCUCCUUGCCCUUCUGAAACUGCAUAGCUGAAUGACACUGUAGACAAGUGUAGCACAAUCAAAUACUUAUUUUAAGCUACUUGUAAACUGGAAUUGUUGAACAAUCAUAUGAAGGUAUG